AUGGCGCUCUCCACGCUCCUCCUGCCCUCCUCCUCCUCCACCGCCGCCGACACCUCCGACCACCGCCGCGGCCAGCAGCCGCAGCAGCAGAACCACCACAGCAAGCGCAAGAAGAAACCUCCGGCGCCGCCGCCGCUCUCCCCCGCGCCCAGGACUCCCGGCCGCCGCCAUCUUGCCGCCACCGGGACGCCGUCCAGGAAGAGCCCCGCCCUCGCUGCGCCCACCACCGGCGCUAAGGCCAGGCUGGCGGCGGGCAAGGACCACCGUCAACGGCGCAGUGGCUCGAAGAAGGCAGCUGCGCAGAAGCCCGCGCGGCCGGCGUCGUCGUGGGAGCAGCUGAAGAGCCUGCUGAGCUGCCGGAGCGCCACGGCAGCCGCGCGCGUGCACGACCCGGCCGCCCUGGCGCGGGGGCCCGGCGCCGGGGGAUACUGGGGGACGUCCCUCUGCUCCAUGCGCGACGUGGCGACCGUUGACGGCGCCUCCUCGGCCGCCUCCGUCGUCGUCGACCACCGCGACACCGCCCCGCUCAACCGCUCCUCCCGCCGCGCUCAUCACUCCUCGUCGUCGUCGGCCGGCGGGGGUGGGCACCCGUCCUCACUCCGGGGGCUCUCCGGCUGCUACGAGUGCCGCGCCAUCAACGUCGAGCCCGUCUCAAGGAGGUACCCUCGGCCGAGGGAGCUGUGCCCGUGCUCGCAGUGCGGCGAGGUGUUCACCAAGGCCGACAGCUUGGAGCAGCACCAAGCCGUCCGCCAUGCCGUUGAACGUUACACAUGUACCGGUGUACCUUCUCCCUUAAUGUCUUCAUGUCCAUGUACUAGUGUGUCGGAGCUGGGGCCGGAGGACUCGGGGCGCAACAUCGUGGAGAUCAUCUUCAAGUCGAGCUGGCAGAAGCGGGACCGCCCCAUCUGCCACAUCGACCGCAUCCUCAAGGUCCGCAACCCCGCGCGCACCGUCGCCCGCUUCGAGGCCUACCGCGACGCCGUGCGCGCACGGUGCCGUGCCGACGUCUCUGCGGGCGGUGCCACGCGCGCCGCGGCCGACGGCAACGAGCUGCUCCGGUUCCACCCGGCCGCGCUCGCCUGCGAGCUCGGCGCUGACGGCUCCACCUCGCUGUGCGCGUCCUGUGCCGAUGGUGACGUCGACGGCAAAACGGCGGCCGCGGCGUGCGGGGUGUGCGCGGCGAUCCGGCACGGCUUCGCGCCUUGGGCCGGCGCGCACCCGCUGGGCGUGCGCACCACGGCGAGCAGCGGCCGCGCGCACGACGUCUGCGGCGCCGAGGGCCCGAGCGCGGGAGCGGGGGCGGGGUGGCGGGCCAUGCUGGUGUGCCGGGUGAUCGCCGGGCAGGUGCGGCGGCGGGACGGCGACGGGGAGGAGAAGGAGGAGGAGGGCCAGGCGGUGCCUUUCGACUCGGUGGCCGGCGACGACGCGGGCGGCGCGUACGGGGUGCUGGAGGAGCUGUUCGUGGCGAACCCCAGGGCCAUCCUGCCGUGCUUCGUCGUCGUCUACCGCGUCGACGUCGACCCUCAGUGA